AUGGACCGAUUCGAUUUAUUGGCAAUUCAGGCAGCUUACAAUGGUUCUAUUGUUGGUCUAGUCAAACUGGUUCAAGGCUGGUUGAAAGGAAUUCUGUGUAACGGUAAAAUGGGCAAGAGUGUUUGUGACUGGGAGGAUCGGGAGAAUAAAUUUGUUGAAGUUGAAGGCAUACUCAGGAGACAGAUUAAGUUGUCAGUUAUUCCUAGCGUGCAGCCUUUCAUUGCAAUUGCCUAUCCAAUUGAUACAAUGCUUGCGCUAGAAAUCAGUCGUAAAUAUGCAGCACACUGCUCUGUUAUUGCAUCCCGUUAUUCCCUUCCUCCUUUCAACUAUCCUGCACCCUUCCCUGUGAAGGGUGAGCGUGGGAAUGUACGCCUAAGGGUGAGAUAUGUGAGUGGUGAUUUUGGUAACCAUCCCCUAUCUCAUCUCAUGGGCUCAGUGUUUGGCAUGCACAAUGGAGACAAUGUUGAGGUAUUUUGCUAUGCAUUGAGCCCAAAUGAUGGGACAGAAUGGAGGUUACGUAUCCAGUCAGAAGCGGAGCACUUCAUAGAUGUAUCAUCAAAGUCUUCUGACAUGAUUGCAAAGAUGAUAAAUGAGGAUAAAAUACAAAUUCUUGUCAAUCUUAAUGGUUAUACCAAGGGGGCAAGGAAUGAGAUAUUUGCAAUGCAACCUGCUUCUAUUCAAAUUUCUUACAUGGGAUUUCCAGGGACUACUGGUGCAUCAUAUAUACACUAUUUGGUCACUGAUGAGUUUGUUUCACCUCUUCGCUUUUCUCACAUCUACUCCGUGAAGCUUGUCCAUCUUCCUCAUUGUUACUUUGUAAAUGAUUAUAAGCAGAAAAAUCUUGAUGUCUUGGAUCCAAACUGUCUACUGAAGAGAUCUGAUUAUGGACUACCAGAAGACAAAUUUAUCUUUGCAUGUUUCAAUCAGCUGUACAAGAUGGAUCCUGACAUUUUCACUACAUGGUGCAAUAUUCUUAUGCGUGUUCCAAAUAGUGCUCUUUGGCUUCUUAGAUUCCCAGCUGCAGGCGAGAUGAGACUUCGCACAUUUAGGUAUGCAACUCAGCAGGUUGUGCUGUCAGAUCAGAUUAUUUUUACAGAUGUUGCCAUGAAAACUGAACAUAUAAGACGCAGUGCCUUGGCGGAUCUCUUCCUUGAUACACCAUCAUGCAAUGCGCACACAACAGGCACUGAUGUUCUAUGGGCUGGUCUUCCAAUGGUGACCCUUCCUCUUGAAAAGAUGGCGACUAGAGUUGCUGGUUCAUUGUGUCUGGCUACUGGUGCUGGGGAGGAGAUGAUUGUCAGCAGUUUGAAAGAAUACGAAGACAAGGCUGUCUCACUUGCUCUAAAUCGUCCAAAGCUCCAAGAUCUUUCCGAUAAACUCAAAGCAGCCCGUAUGACUUGCCCUCUUUUUGACACAGCACGCUGGGUGAGGGACCUUGAACGGGCAUAUUUUAAGAUGUGGAAUCUGUACUGCUCAGGUCAGCAACCGCAACCUUUUAAGGUAACAGAGAAUGAUCAAGAAUUUCCUUUUGAUUCAUAGGCCUCAAUGCAGCUAAAGACGGCUUUGUAGGUAAAUGCAAAGAGCAUUUGCUUAAGUUGAUAUAAUGAUAGGCUAGAUAGAUUCUCCUGAUGUUAGGGCUUGAUAUUGUUCAUCUAGAAAGUUAUUUGUUGUGGAUACUCAUUUUUCACUGAUUAAGAUACCUAAUUUAUGUUAAACUCCUAACAAGGAUAUUAAUAUAAGAAUGUGUUAUGCUACUUGUCUUCUACCUCGACUUAUUAUUAUUAUUAUUAUUAUUA